AUGGAUCUAACGGACCGUCGCAACCCUUUCAACAAUCUAGCUUUUCCACCACCACCGCCGCCACCAUCCACCACCUUCACAAGCCCUCUAUUCCCACGAUCAAGCUCCUCCGGCACGAGCUUUCCCAUUCUCGCCGUCGCAGUGAUAGGAAUCUUAGCUACUGCCUUCUUGCUUGUAAGUUACUACGUCUUUGUCAUCAAAUGCUGUCUUAACUGGCACCAAAUCGACAUCUUUCGCCGCAGAAGACGAAGCAGUGACCAAAACCCUCUGAUGAUAUACUCUCCUCAUGAGCUAAACCGAGGUCUCGACGAGUCAGCCAUCAGAGCCAUCCCAAUCUUUAAGUUCAAGAAGAGAGACGUUGCUCGAGGAGAAGAAGAUCAGGACAAGAGCUCCCAAGAAUGUUCUGUUUGCUUAAACGAGUUUCAAGAAGAUGAGAAGCUGAGGAUUAUACCUAAUUGUUGCCACGUGUUUCACAUUGAUUGCAUUGAUAUUUGGCUUCAGGGAAACGCGAAUUGUCCGUUGUGUAGAACCAGCGUUUCUUGGGACGCAAGUUUCUCUCUUGACCUAAUCUCUGCACCGAGUUCUCCUCCUAGGAAUAGGAAUCUUGAACCAGAGGCGGUUUUAGGAGGUGACAGUGAGUUCUUCGUGAUUGAGCUUGGGACCAGUAAUGGUAAUAAUAGCCAAAGCGUGAGAAACAGAGUCUUUCUUGCAGAACAAGAAAGGGCUACAUCAGACGAUCUUCAUGCAAUGCAUAAGAAAGAGAGAAUGAUUCACAAAGUGACGAGCAUGGGAGAUGAAUGCAUCAAUAGUCGUGGCAAAUAUAAUCAGUUUAGUGAAAUCCUGCCCAUAAGAAGAUCUAUCUCGAUGGACUCUUCACUGGAUCGCAAGAUGUACCUGGCUGUUCAAGAGGUGGUUAACGUUGGCUGGAACAUCGGGAAAGCUGCGAUGGUGGCCGGAGACGGUGGUGUAUGUGUGGAAGGUUGUAACAGUAGUGGUGGUGAUAAUAACAGAGUGAUGAAGAGAUGUUUCUUCUCUUUUGGAAGUAGUAGAUGUUCAAGAAGUUCCUCAGUAUUGCCUGUUUAGUUGAACCGUAAU